GGCAGGUGCCCUUACGAUCGUCCACCCACCGAGCAGCAGCAGUUUGGUUUGGUAUCUGCCCGAGAGCGUCUCCGCCCCACCGAGUCACCAAAAUCGGAGAUGCUCGGCAGCGAUUGUUGCUUUCGAAAGCUGGAAGUAUCGCCACGCUUUCGUCAUUUUCCCGGGCUUGCACCUCGCGGGGCCUUAUGAUCCUCAUUCGCUAACACCGGUUGAGGGGCGGUGCGGGGUGCGGGAGUGCGCAUGCGCGGCCCCGUGCCCCUGAGCAUAGACAGCAGCGUGCAGCUGCGCUUCCUGGGGCCUGAAGACGCGGCAGAGGUGAAGCGCCUGUGCACGGACUGGUUCCCGAUCGAGUACCCGGACGCCUGGUACCAGGACAUCACCUCCAACCGCAAGUUCUUUGCCCUGGCCGCCAUGCUGGGCGGUCGCAUCAUCGGCCUGGUCGUGGCCGAGGUCAGGGCCCAGGCACUCUGCAGCCGCGAGGACCUGGGCCUCCUGGCUGCCCACUUCUCUCCGUCGGCGCAGGUCGCUUACAUCCUCACCCUCGGUGUGGUGCGUGAGUGCCGCCGCAACGGCAUAGCAACCCUGCUGCUGGACAGCCUGCUCUCGCACCUGUCCUCCUCGGAAGGGGCGUCGUACGCCUGCAAGGCGGUCUACCUGCACGUGCUGGCCUCCAACACGUGCGCCAUCCAGUUCUACGAGCGCCGCCGUUUUCGGCCACAUGCGUUCUUGCCCCUCUACUACUCUGUGAGGGGCGCACCCAGGGACGGCUACUCCUACGUGCUCUACCUCAACGGCGGCCAUCCCCCCUGGACCUUUCUGGACUAUGUGAAGCACUGGAGCCGCAAGGUGUCCCAGCUGGAAGUGUGCUCCCUGCCCAAGCAACUGCUCUGCAUGUUUGGGAACCUCUUCUCACGCGUGUUCACGUCGCACAGUUGACGGCCCCUCGCACCGCCGGAACUCUCGUGACCGCCUUGUCGGCGCCGGAAGCACCCGAAGCCUUUUUCUUCUUUGCGGGGGCAGCCCCGACGGAGGCGUCGUCCCCGUGCGGUGCUUUCCUUGCACAGUGUUUGAGUCACAGAGUUGCUCGGACAUUUUUGGCGCUGCUCCGCGAGGGUGCGAGUUUCUAGAAACUCCGUGUGGAGAGGUACUGGUGCCCUGUGAUGCUGUCUAGAGUUGCUCACCCGAGCAGUGCUCUGGUGGGCAACAUUGCUACGAACUGUAGAUGUGCACGUGGAUCUGGAACUGAUGUUGCUCCGUGCGAGCACGAGCUCCUAGAAACUGACUCCCUGCGAUGCCGUCUGGAGUUGCCCACCCGAGCAGUGCUUUGGUGGUCAACGUUGUUAUGGAGGGAACUCUAGAUUCUCGAGUUGUUUUGGAAGUUUUUGGCAUUGCUGUGUUUGAGCUCGUUUCUAAAAGCUGUGUUGAGAAGAGGCACGGCCACUGUGCGACGUCGUGGAGAAAACUCCAGGCGCUCGACUUGUGCUCGAAGCAAAUGUUAAUAAAAUGUAUUUCAUAGGACCUCCAAGGGGGAAACCGCCGUCUUGAAAACCUAGUCAAAGCUGCUUUCGGGAAAAGUGUCACAAAGGAAACUUGAUUCGCUGGAUUGGUUCUGCCAGGUGGCACAUCUAGCGCCUUUGUCGAGUAAGCUCUUCGAGGUGAUUUGCGAGGACGAGCACUCUUCUAGGAAGUUGCGUGGAGUCGCCAACAUCGCCAUUGUUUCGGGAGGUAACGACGUUGUGGCGCUGGGCAUUUUUCGUGCCAAUAACGUUUGCGCACUUGGACAGGUGGUUUCAGUUUGAAGAGAUAUGGCAUUCUUAGAGGCGAACCGAGUGUUGCGUCGGGUGUCACCAAGUGUCGUCGGCACCUGGCGCGGUCGCCGCGUCUCUGUGCAAGGCUUGUUCCUGGUAGCGAGGUCUUUGAGGAGGGCUGCUGCAAUUUCAAACGGCCCUCUGGAAUUAUUCUCAUCAGAAUUGUUUCAGAAGUGAUAUCCCAGGAAAGCAUUUUCUGCAUUGCUCCACAAAAGGCCUCCCGGUUUGUUAGCUCCACUUUUGCAGUUUGCACAUCCCAUGUGAACAAGUUUUCUCGACAUUGCGGAAGCCGCUACGAUUGUUUUGUUUACAACCUUGCCCCCCAAGAAUGUUGAAGAGUUGGGUGCGAGGACUGGCGGUGAGCUAACGACUGUCCCAGUGCAAUAUGUUGACGGUUUGUCCCCCGCUCGUUAGCUCCCCCUAGUGCCGGUUCCCGGGGGCGGCUUUCUGUGGACGACCGUUGUGGGCAUGCAAGGCGACCAAGAGCGAUCUCGGCAGCUUCGUAAGGGCAACCAUUUCGAGCCACAAGGACCACUAGCUGUCACAAGCCGACGUCUGCUGUACAUAGUUUCUCAUUGAGAGCACGAAUCUAUCGAAUAAAGUUUCUGCCAACAAGCA